UCCGGUGACUGGGCUGCCUCCGCACUGCUACGCACCUCACCCUUCUCUAACCCAGCUCUCACCGCUGAGUGCGAGAGAUAUCCCCCCGAUGGAGACAAGGAGCAAUGCCAUCUAUUGCACAUUAGAGCUCCCCAGCACGGUCCAGGUGCAGGAUGACUGCAGCCCGCAGCGAAGAGCAUCUUCUUCUAGGCCUUCUCUUUUCUGUCUUGUGGUGAUAGUGCUGGGCCUUUUGAACGUACUUCUUGCAAGUUUGCUGCUGAGCCAGUGGAUUCUGGGCCAAGGCCCCAACCGCGCCACUUGUGCCAGCUGUCCCAGCUGCCCGGACUUUUGGAUGAGACAUGCUAACCAUUGUUACUAUUUCUCAGUGGAGCAAAAGGACUGGAAUUCUAGUUUGGAAUUCUGCACAGCCAGAGAUGCACAUCUCCUUAUGAUUCUGGACAAUCAGGAGAUGAGCCUACUCCAAAAUUUAAUUGAUCAGGACUUUCGCUGGAUUGGUUUGAGAAAAAAUUCUAGCUGGACGUGGGAAGAUGGAUCAGUUCUAAACUUUUCAAGGGUUUAUUCUAACAGCUUGGUGCAGAGGUGUGGUGCUCUCAACAGAGCUGGUCUCCAAGGCUCCAGCUGUGAAGUUCCCUUACGGUGGGUCUGUAAGAAGGUCAGACUUUGAUGGACGGCCACUCUGUCCUGAGCCUCAGACCUUGAUCUCUAAAAAAUACCUUCAAAAUAUCUUUGA